AUGUCUUUUGCCAACGGAACCCCUCCCGCCGCCGACCUUUCGGUCCCUCCCCCCUCUGGUGGCUCUCCCGACCAGUCCAAGACCACCCUCUGGAUGGGUGAGCUUGAGCCUUGGAUGGAUGAGAACUUCAUCAAGGGCGUCUUCCUCUCUACCUCUGGUGAGACUGUUAACGUCAAGGUCAUCCGCGAUAAGAACUCUGGAAACGCCGGUUACUGCUUCGUCGAGUUUGAGACUCCCGAUGCUGCUAACAAGGCUCUUGGCCUUAACGGAGACUCUGUUCCCAACAGCUCCCGUCAGUUCAAGCUGAACUGGGCUUCUGGUGGCGGUCUCGUUGACCGCAGAGAUGACCGCGGCCCCGAGUACAGCAUCUUUGUUGGCGAUCUUGGCCCUGAGGUCAACGAGUACGUUCUCGUCUCCCUCUUCCAGGCUCGCUUCCCCUCUUGCAAGUCUGCCAAGAUCAUGACCGAUGCCAUGACUGGUCAGAGCCGUGGCUACGGUUUCGUCCGCUUCUCUGAUGAGAACGACCAGCAGCGUGCUCUUGUCGAGAUGCAGGGCGUCUACUGCGGCAACCGUCCUAUGAGGAUCUCUACCGCUACCCCCAAGAAUCGCGGCGGCCACGGUUUCGGUCAGGGCCACAACGGCCAGAUGAUGGGCGGCGGCAACGGCGGCGUCCCUCAGCAGCAGCAGAUGUGGAACGGCAUGCAGGGCUUUGGCUACGGCGGCUUCAACCCUGCCAACCAGAUGAACCAGUUCACUGACCCCAACAACACCACUGUCUUUGUUGGUGGUCUCUCUGGCUACGUCACCGAGGAUGAGCUUCGCUCUUUCUUCCAGGGCUUUGGCGAAAUCACCUACGUCAAGAUUCCCCCUGGCAAGGGCUGCGGCUUUGUCCAGUUUGUCCACCGCCACGCUGCUGAGAUGGCCAUCAACCAGAUGCAGGGCUACCCCAUUGGUAACUCGCGUGUCCGCCUGAGCUGGGGCCGCUCCCAGAACAACUCUGGUGUCGGCACUCCCUACCGCCCUGCUCCCCCUCCCCCUCACUACAUGGGCAUGCCCGGCCACGGUCCCGGCCCCUACGGCCCCCAGCACUUUGGCGGUCCUGCUCCCGGACCCCAGGGUCUCGGCGGCCCUGCCGGUCCUCCUGGUGGUCCCGCUGGCCCCCCUCAGUAA